AUGGCAGCCUAUGGAGGGUGUGGGAAGGGUUGUCACCGUGCGGGGGUGUCUGGGGGCCUGAGUAGGCUGGAGGGUAGGCUGGAGGGUAGGGUGGAGGGUAAGGCGGAGGGUAGGGUGGAGGGUAGGCUGGUGGGUAGGCUGGAGGGUAGACUGGAGGGUAGGAUGGCAGGUAGUCUGGAGUCAUCCGCUGCCCCUACGCCUCCCCUUGCCGCCACGCCGCCUCACGACCGCCGGCCCUCCGCCUCCCCUUGCCGCCACGCCGCCUCACGACCGCCGCCCCUCCGCCUCCCCUUGCCGCCACGCCGCCUCACGACCGCCGCCCCUCCGCCUCCCCUUGCCGCCACGCCGCCUCACGACCGCCGCCCCUCCGCCUCCCCUUGCCGCCACGCCGCCUCACGACCGCCGCCCCUCCGCCUCCCCUUGCCGCCACGCCGCCUCACGACCGCCGCCCCUCCGCCUCCCCUUGCCGCCACGCCGCCUCACGACCGCCGCCCCUCCGCCUCCCCUUGCCGCCACGCCGCCUCACGACCGCCGCCCCUUCGCCUCCCCUUGCCGCCACGCCGCCUCACGACCGCCGCCCCUCCGCCUCCCCUUGCCGCCACGCCGCCUCACGACCGCCGCCCCUCCGCCUCCCCUUGCCGCCACGCCGCCUCACGACCGCCGCCCCUCCGCCUCCCCUUGCCGCCACGCCGCCUCACGACCCUUUCAGGCCACGCCAUCUCCCAUUUGUUGUGA